AUGACCACCCCCCUCACCACCCACCUCCUCAACAUCUCCACCUGCCCACUCUCCAAAGCAACCACCCACCCCUUCCUCCAACAAGCCGGCCGCGGCCAGCUCUCCAAACCGCUGCUGUCGCAAUGGCUCGGCCAGGACCGGCUCUACGCGCAGUCCUACAUCCGCUUCAUCGGCCUCCUGCUGGCCAAGAUCCGCCUCCCGGCCCAUAACCCGGACAGCAGCCAGCCGCACGCCGCCACGGCCGCCCACCGCGCCGUCGACGUCCUCAUCGACGCCCUCGUGAACAUCCGCACCGAGCUGCGCUUCUUCGAAUCCGUCGCCGACGAAUACGCCCUCGACCUCACCUCGCUGCCGGUCGUGACCGAAGAACAGGAGGAGAGCGGCGAUCCCGGGGCCGAUGCGGGAGGCGCCUGCGUGCGCGCCCAGCCGGGCGUCGAGGAAGCUUUCUUCGGCCCCACGCGCAUCACCCAGGCGUACGUGGACAUGUUCAUGUCGGCCGGGGGCGCCGGGGUGUCGGUGCUGGAGGGGAUGGUCGUGCUGUGGGCGACCGAGGUGUGCUAUCUGCAGGCGUGGCGGUAUGCGGCCUCGUUUGGGGCCGCCGGGGGAGCCGGAGCCGGGACGCGGCCCGAGGACGAUGCGGAUGGCGGCGCGCUGCGCCGCCGGUUCAUUCCCAACUGGACGAGUGCCGAGUUUGAGGCGUUUGUGACGCGGAUUGGGGAUGUGGUGGAUGAUUUGGCGGCCGAGGUCAAGGGGGCGGAGGAGCGCGAGGCGCUGCUGGGGAGGUGUGUGCAGUGGUGGAGGCAGGUGUUGUGGCUGGAGGAGCGGUUCUGGCCCGUGGUCAAGAUGGAUUGA